CAUUGUAUUUCUAUGAAGGCGACAUACAAGGAUGCAGUAUCAGUGUUUGGCCAGUAGGAGCGCCACACGAACAAGUGUGCGUGUCUGAAGCACCAGUGAUGUUUAUAUUGGCUGGAGUCUAUGGUCUGAAGGGAAAACUGAACAGUAUAUCAACUGUGUAAACUGGUAGAUAAACGCCGUUGAAGGAUAUUUAAUCAAGAGUAGCGGUCAAGGAUGGACUGCUGAUACGUUCUACUCUGUAUAUACUGGAACCAUCAGCUUCACGAUGUCUGCUGACAGGGAGCUCAACAUGGACGCUGCUGACGACAACAAACUGGUCAGACCAAAGGCAGAGUUCCACUCUUUGCUGCAACACGCAGGAGCCGCUAAAGAUGUUUUCACCAUGAAGGAGGUGAUGUUCUACCUGGGCCAGUACAUCAUCCAGAAGCAGCUGUAUGACCAGAAGCAGCAGCACAUCGUCCACUGCUCCCAGGAUGCACUGGGGCGGGUGCUGGGAGUCGACAGCUUCUCUGUUAAAGAGCCAGGAGUUCUGUUUGCUAUGAUCACCAAGAACCUGGUGGCUGUGAAGAACCAAGAUUCACCGCCAAGCUUGAGUGAAGCACACAGUGACAGUCAGACAGACGGAGGGACAGAGGAGGUGGAUUCAGAAAGUCACUCUUCAUCGCCAGACAGGAGGGGAAGGCGGAGGAGGAGGAGGAGGAGCAGCUGCAGGAGCAGUGACCCAGGGCCCUCCCACAGUCUAGAGGGGGACGAAGAUGAGUCGGAGGACGAAGAGGGAGGGAGGAAGAGGAGAAGGUCUGACAGUUACUCCCUGACCUUUGAUGACAGUCUGUCGUGGUGUGUGAUUGGUGGACUGGAAAGUGUACGGGACAGACACAGCAGCCAAUCAUCCGACUCGCACAGCACUUCUGUGAGGUCAGAGGUCACGGUCGCUGACUCUGACAGCGACAACUUCAGCGUCGAAUUUGAGGUCGAGUCCAUCGACUCCGACGACUACAACGAAGACGAUGCCUCUCUGUCUGCAGAUGACCAGGUAUACGAGGUCACCAUAUUUGAGGCAGACGAUGAGGACUCCUUUGAUGAAGACACAGAGAUCACUGAAGCUGACUACUGGCGCUGUGCCAAGUGUGACGAGUUGAACCCACCUCUCCCCAGAAACUGUGGAAGCUGCUGGGCGCUGCGCCAGGAUUGGCUGUCGGAAGUGUCGGCCUCCUCCAGUCCAAAAGUCCUACCCCGAAAGCCAACCGACCUAUCAACAGCCAAAGAAGCUCCAGGUUCUGAUGUCGAGGACAACGAAGGAGUCGACGUUCCAGAUGGGAAAAGAGCGAAGACUCCUCUCCUGUCGCAGUGCCUGUCUGACUCCGCCUCCUCUGCACCCAACUCCCAGGAUCCCCUGGCGUCCUCACAGCCUUCGUCGUCCUCCUCGCAGCAGAAGCCCUGGGCUCCUGACUCCCAGCCCUCCUCCUCCUCCUCCAUCGACUCCCAGGAGCUUCUACCGUUUUCCCCCACCAGUCCUCCACCUCCUCCCCCCGCCGCCCCCGAGCUGGAGCGCAGCGUGUCGGCCGAGUGGCGGCUGCCGGACUCGUGCCUGGACCCCUGUCUCAUCUGUCAGUCCCGGCCGAAGAACGGCUGCAUCGUCCACGGGCGAACAGGACACCUGAUGUGCUGCUACGUCUGCGCCAGGAAGCUGAAGAAGAGGAACAAGCUGUGUCCGGUCUGCAGGCUGCCCAUCCAGUCAGUCGUCCUCACCUACCUCAGCUGAGACACCCCGUCUGUCCUCACCAUACAGCCGAUACAUGUAGGACUCUUUGUCUCUGGUGAGACUUGAGUUGAAUAUUAAUUCCAUACACGUCACAGUAACACCAGAGUGACUUUGGAUAAUAACCUUAUUAAGAGUUCAGUUUCACUUCUGUGCUUCUGUCCAUCGGCACAUGUUCAGUUAUUUCUCUCUUAGUCUCUUUAUUUUUCUUUAAAUUAUUUUUCAUUCUGAAGUGUUGCCCAACAUCUAAAUUAUUUGUUUGCUACGCGAGCUUUAGUUCCAACGAGACCACCUGUAGGGGGACCGAAGCAGGAAAAGUCCUCUAGGGUUGCUUUAAGAUGGAAGUAUACAUAUAUAUAUAUAUAUAUA